CAAAUGCUGCCAAAAAAAUUGCAAGUCUCGCUCCUGCCAUUCCAACAGGAUGGUGUUAAAUUUGGCCUAAGAAGAGGUGGACGAUGUCUGAUUGCAGAUGAGAUGGGACUUGGGAAAACUGUCCAGAGCCAUUAGGCUGAUUCUCAAAGCUUGUUAAAGGCUGCUGCUGAGAUUUUAUGUUGCUGGUUUGAUUGAAGAGAUUCUUCGCUGGAGGAUAUAAUUUCUUGAAGGCCUUUUUCUGCGGCUGCUCACCAACUGUUUGGUGAAAUUUCUAGAAGAGUUUUUUCUUGACUUCCUUAGGGGUUAUUGUUUUAAGUAUUGCUCUCAUGGAAGACUCCAAAGUUUCAAUCGAAGGAGGAAUCUAUUAUGCUCCAUACAAGCUUGACGGAACCAAUUAUACACUAUGGGCAAAAUGUUUGGAAAUGCAUAUCAAAGGAAAAUAUUUGCGGGGCUUCAUAAGAGGUACGUCUAUCCCUCCCACUCUCAAGUUGACCAAAAUAGAAAAUGGGAUUGAAAAACAACUAGAUGGAGUGGAAAGACAAAAUGCUAUGAAUGAAUAUUACAAAAACUUAGACGAUUGGGAAGCUAAAAAUUCUAGGAUUAAAGAAUGGAUUUAUGGAAGUAUUGAACCUAGAAUUGCUCAACAUCUUAUGUAUUAUGAAAAGGCUAGUGAAGUUUGGGAAUAUCUUAAGGGAAUGUUCACCCAAAAAGAUAUGGCCCGAAAGUAUCUUUUGAUUCAAAAGGCCCAAAGUAUCAAGCUAGGAGAGAAAAAUGUUAGAGAAUUUUUCAUGGAAAUCUCUAGUGUAUGGAAUGAGUUAGAUCAACUAAGUCCCGAACUAGGGUUGGACUGCAAAUGCCAUGAGAUUAGAAGAAAUGAAAUAGAUGAAUUUCGGUUUUUUCAAUUCCUUCAAGGGCUACGGCCCGAAUUUGAACAAAUAAGGUCAGCCCUUCUUUCUUCAUCCUCUCCUCCACUCAUUUAUGAACUUCUUACAAAGCUAAGUGGAGAGGAAACUAGAAUGAAACUAUCCAAAGAAAUGGAUAAAGAUAGUGUUCUUGUCUCAAAACAAGAAGAAGAAAGAGCCUUAGCCGCCUCUAGACCUGGAAACAACAUCAAGUCCUUUAGACCUCCUCACUUUAAGAAUCAAAUUAGAGGAGAAUAUAAAGUUAUUUGCCACUUUUGUCAUGAACCGGGUCACAUAAGACCUAGUUGCCCAAAGUUGAACAACAAUGAAGGACAAUCGCGGAAUCUUGGAGGAAAUUUUCUCAAAGGGGGAACAUCAUAUCCUCAAGGUGGACAUUACAACAUUAGACAAUUUGAUCAAAGAAAGGCCGCAAAUGUCGCAAAUGAAGGAUGUGAUCUCUCAUCUAUAUCCACAACGUUGAACCAAAUCAUGACGGCCCUUCAACCCAUGAUCAAUGAGUCAAAUUCCGGAGCACUAGCAACAACGGCAUCCAUCUCCAACACUCCUGGUAUGUUUUCUUGGCUUUUAGAUUCCGGUGCAUCUUUUCAUAUGACACCAAAUAUAUCAUCUUUGACCAAUUUUGAAAGAACAAGAAAAGAAUCAAAUGUUGUUACCGCCGAUGGAACUUCUUUGAGUGUUAAAGGGAUUGGGAAUUUUGAAAAAGAAUUUGGAAAACAAAAAUUUUUUGUUUCAAAAGUUAGUUAUGUUCCUAAACUUAAUCUUAACUUACUUUCUGUGUCACAAAUCUCAGAUCUUGGAUUUGAUGUUGUUUUCUCAUCAAAUAAAUGUUUGGUGCAGGAUCACCAAACCGGGAGAUUGAUUGGGGAAGGUUUUAGAAAAUGGGACCUUUACUACAUGGACAAUUUAUGCAUCCCCAAAGAAAAGUUUUGUCACUAUGUUGAAAAUGUGGACAUCAAUGUUUGGCACCAAAGAUUAGGUCAUCCAAAUGUUAGAAAAUUGUCUAUGAUGAACCCUACCAAGAAUAUUUGUAUUGAAAAUUUUAAAUGUAAUGAUUGUAUACAUGGAAAAAUGAAAUCUUUAUCUUUUGGAGAAAGGAACUUCUUCUCUUCUUUGCCUUUUGAGCUUGUUCAUUCCGAUGUAUGGGGACCCUUUCCUAUCAUGUCAAAAGGAGGGCUAUCAUAUUAUGUGAUCUUUGUUGAUGACUUCACUAGGUAUUGUUGGAUAUAUUUCCUAAAAUAUAAAUUCGAAGUUUUUGAGAUAUUCAAAAAUUUUCACAUGUUAGUACAAACACAAUUCAAUGCUAAAUUAAAAAUUUUAAGGACUGAUUCCAGAGGUGAAUACAUUUCAAAUGAGUUCGAAAGAUAUUUGAAAAACUAUGGGAUAGUCCACCAAAAAUCUUGUCCAAGAACACCUCAACAAAAUGGACUUUCAGAAAGAAAACAUAGGCACAUAAUUGAAACAACAAGAACCCUUCUUAUUUCCAAAAAUGUGCCUAAAAACUUUUGGGCUGAAACCGCCCUUGCCUCUGUUUAUCUUAUAAACAGAAUGCCUUCUAAAGUCUUAAAUAACACCACUCCGUUUGAAAAAUUAUUCAAGUAUGAACCCGAUUUCAAUAGACUUCGUAUUUUUGGAUGCAAAUGUUUUGUUCUUAAUGACAAGACUGAUAAGCUAAGUUCAAAAGUUAUUGAAUGUGCUUUUAUUGGUUAUUCUGAAACCCAAAAAGGCUACAAAUGUUAUUGUUAAGAUGUGUUUAUAUUCAGUUUUAGGUUUAAGAGGGUACUUUUGUAAUAACUUUUCCUUUAGAUGUUUCUCUUGUAACUUCUCUCUCUCCUCUAGUCUAUAUAAAGAGGAGUUAGGGCAGAUUUCGAGGUUAAUCAAAGAUUAUUCUUUCUAAUCUUAUCAUGGUAUCAGAGCAGCAGCCGUCUCCUCCUCCUUGGCGCGCCGAUUGAGCGGCGCCGCCCGCCGCCUGACCGCGCCCAUCGCUGCGCUUCCUCCACCCGCUCGUGUCCACCCAUCUCCGCCCGUCGCUGACCUCUCCACCCGACGCCUCUGCCAGUCGCUGUCCUGACCUCUCCGCCCGACGCCUCCGCCCGUUGCUGUCUUCUCCACCCGACGCCUCCGCCCGUUGCUGUCUUCUCCGCCCGACGCCUCCGCCCGUUGCUGUCUUCUCCGCCCGACGCCUCGAAAUCUGCCCUAAUUCGCCGCUGCCCGCCGUGGCUGUCACCUCCGCCCGCCGCCGCCGUCUGUCACUGUUGCUUCUCCGCUGCAUCGCCCCUGCUGUCUCCACCAUUCUCCUCUGCUCCGCCGCUGCCCUGCACGCUGAUUUUCUUCUCAGCGUCUUCGCUGCAUCGCCUCCUCUACUCCGCCGCUGCUCUGCACGCUGAUUUUCCUCUCAGCGUCUUCGCUGUCGCCUCUGGUAAUCUGUCUUCGUUCAGUUCUGUUGUUGCCUCUUCCAGCCGAUCAGACUUAUGGAUUGCUGCCCGUGUUAACUGCUUCAUGAUCAGCAUGUUGUCUUUCGAUAUGUGAUUGUCUUCUUUUUUUUGCCUGCACUUCCUAUUCCGUGGCUCGGUUUCCUCCAUUGUGUUGAGCGAUGUCUGAAAUUAGCAGCGGCGCUAAUACCUCUUCCUUUGUGUCGUCGGGAGAGAUGAAGAGUUCCCCAUUUUCCAGCUUUAUCACCAAAAUGGAUGGGGGUAAUUACGAGAUGUGGGCCAUGCAAGUAAAAAGAACCUUGAUCGCUCAUGAGAAGGAACAUCUUAUAUUGGAGCCCGAGCCCGUACAGAAGGUAGGAAAAUAUACUACUUGGUUUAAAGAUAAUUCGUUGGUUAUGGUAUGGAUUGUUGGUACUCUUACUCAAGACAUUGCCAAUGAAGUCCUGCAUAAGGAAAGUGCAAAGGAUAUGUGGGAUUCCCUUGCAGCCACCUAUUCACAAGCAAGGAAUGAAACCAGAAUUAUGCAGCUUCAUCAUGAUAUUCAUCAGAUGCGCCAAGAUGGUCGCCCUCUACAUACUUAUUAUUCUAGUCUCAAGUCCAUGUUUGAGAGACUAAACAGCUACUUUCCUGCAUGUAAGUGUGAGCAACAGAAGGCAUACAGAGAUAUGCUUAUGGUCGGAGUAUUUCUGUCUGGAUUAGACUCUGUUUAUGAAUCAGCAAAGAAUCAGAUGCUCACUAGUCCCUCGAUUCCUCCUAUUGAUGAAGCUUAUAGUAGGCUAAGCAGAAUUCCAAUCCCUUCAUCGACUGUUCUUGAUACCACUUCUGCUAUGCUUGCUACUCGUGGCAGAGGUGGGUCCCUCUUUGCCAGAGGACGAGGAUACCGUGGCCGUGGCAAUACCCCUUCGCGCCCAGUAUGUCAGUUUUGUCAUCGCAUUGGUCACACUGUGGAUAAGUGUUGGCAGAAACAUGGUCGUCCAGCUGUUGCCAAUCAGACUGUUUUUACUGAUUCUCCAGAGCAGCCUAAGACUCAACAUCCUGUUUCCUCCAGUGAGUUACGUGCAGAUGAUAUUAUCUCUCAGUUGAGACACUUGAUUGGAGAUAGACCUCAACAAGCUCCUGAUCCGACCACCUCUACUAUCACUACUGCUGCCAGUGCAUCUUCAUCUGGUAUGUAUUCUGACACUACAGAUUGGCUCAUUGAUUCGGGUGCAUCGACACAUCUCUGUGGAGACAAGGCACAGUUUACUUCUUAUGUCCCUACUCCACCUGGUCGCUCGGUUAUUCUAGCAGAUGGCAAAUAUUCUCCCGUUGUUGGACUUGGAGAGGUCCAACUUACUUCAUCAUUACCAUUGCAACAUGUUCUUCAUGCACCAGAAUUCCCACAUAGCCUACUAUCUAUCAGUCAGAUUACCAGAGAUUUAAACUGUCAUGCGAUAUUUGACUCCUCUUCUCUUGUGUUUCAGGAUAUACUGACGGGCAGGGUGAUUGGCAGUGGCCGUGAACAGGGAGGUCUUUACAGGCUAGUGCAUCCCUUUCCCUUUGCUGGAUCUACCUCUGCAGGGUCGUCCUCAUCCUCGGCUUAUACUUGGCAUUUACGUUUUGGACAUCUACCGUUUCAGAAACUGCUGCAUGUUCUUCCUCAGCUGUCUCCCAAGUCUUCUUUUCAAUGCGAGUCUUGUCAGUUGGGCAAACACCAUAGGUCAUCCUUUCCUCCGCGGCCCAGUCGAAGUAGCCAUUCUGUGUUUGAGUUACUUCAUUUUGAUGUUUGGGGUCCGAGUCGUACACCUGCUCUUCAAGGUCAUCGAUAUUAUCUUGUUGCUGUCGAUGACUAUAGUCGUGUUAGUUGGGUUUUUCUUAUGAAGCAUAAAUCUGAAGUGGGUCAUGUAAUCAAAAAUUUUAUCAAUGAAAUUCUGACUCAGUUUGAUACUUGUGUCAAAAUUGUGCGCUCUGACAAUGCUCUUGAGUUCUGUGCUUCCUCUUUGGAACAAUUUUUCAGGGAUAAGGGUAUCAUCCACCAAACUUCUUGUGCCUAUACCUCCCAACAAAAUGGGGUUGCUGAACGGAAACACCGUCAUAUUCUUGAUGUUGCCAGAACCAUUAUCAUACAUAGCCAUGUUCCCCAUUCUUACUGGGGCGAUGCUGUUCUCACAGCAUGCUAUCUUAUUAAUCGUAUGCCGUCAUCUGUGUUGGGAGACCUUAUUCCUAUCUCUGUCCUCUUUCCUGACAGAGACUUGUUUUCUGUUCCACCUCGUGUUUUUGGAUGUGUUGCCUUUGUUCAGUUGCUUGGUCCUGGGCGAGAUAAGUUGUCUCCUCGGGCCAUCAAAACGAUCUUUGUUGGUUAUUCCCGCACUCAAAAGGGAUAUCGAUGUUAUGAUCCUUCUACUCGUCGGUAUUAUGUGAGUGCUGAUGUUACAUUUUUUGAAUCAACCUCUUUCUUCUCCCCAAAUGGAACUCAAUUAAGGGCGCCUGCAUUAAAUGAUGAAGUCCAAUUUCCUCUACCUCUCAUGAGUUGUCCAAACCCAGUUGAUCCACGUUUUGGGGCUGUCUACCAUCGUCGUACUAAGCCUGCUGCGCCUGUUCAAUGUGCACCUGUGCCUUCACCCAGCACGCCCAAGGUAAUUCCUGACACAAACUCAACUGACAAUGUUUUAUGUAAUGAUGACAUAGGAGUAUGUCACGAGCAUGUUCCUGCUCCUAAUGAACUUGAUGUGCCCAUUGCUCAAAGGAAAGGCAAACGCAGUUGCACUUUGCAUCCUAUCUCUGGUCAUUUAUCCAUGGAUAGACUCACCCCUAUGUACCGACAGUUUGUCAAGGGGCUGUCGGCUAUUGCUCUUCCACAGAAUCCCAUGGAUGCUCUCUCUGAUCCCAAAUGGGCAGCGGCUAUGCAAGAAGAGAUGGAUGCUCUUCAGUCUAGAGGCACCUGGACCCUUGUUACUCCUUCAGUUGAUGCAGCCAUUGUUGGUUGCAGAUGGGUCUUUACUAUCAAAUACCGAGCAGAUGGCAGUAUUGACAGAUAUAAGGCUCGUCUGGUUGCAAAAGGCUAUACCCAAACUUAUGGGGUUGAUUAUUAUGAUACCUUCUCUCCUGUGGCACGACAUGCUUCCUUACGGAUUCUCCUUGCUGUGGCUGUCAGCAAGAAUUGGUCCCUCUCACAGCUUGAUGUCAAAAAUGCCUUUCUCUAUGGUGACUUACAUGAAGAAGUGUAUAUGCAGCAACCACCAGGGUUUGUUGCUGAGGGGGAGUGUCAGAAAGUGUGCAGAUUGCGAAAGGCGAUUUAUGGUCUGAAACAGAGUCCUCGAGCUUGGUUUCAGAAAUUGUCAGAGAAUAUUGAGAAUGAGGGCUUCAGACGUUCUUCGGCCGACCAUUCCCUCUUUGUCAAGAAGACUUCUACAGGUACGGUGAUAGUUCUUGUUUAUGUUGAUGAUAUCAUUGUUACAGGGGAUGAUGAUCAGGGGAUUUCCAACAUCAAGGAUGUCCUUGGACAACACUUUGUCACCAAGGACCUUGGUGAACUACGUUAUUUCCUUGGUAUUGAGUUUGCCAGAAAUCAAAAGGGCCUUAUCAUGUGCCAGAGGAAAUACGUUACUGAUGUUUUGCAAGAGACAGGGAUGCUGGGGUGUCGGCCUGCAUCCACGCCUAUGGAUAUCAAUACCCGCUUGUAUGAUGAUGAUACUGAAGAUGUUGAUGCAAGACAGUAUAGAGGGAUUGUUGGGAAGCUCCUAUACAUCACUGUUACUCGACCUGACAUUGCCUAUGCUGUUAGCAGAGUGAGUCAAUUUAUGGAUAAGCCCAAGAAAGUUCAUUGGGAUGCUGCUAUGAUGAUUCUUAGGUAUCUAAAGAAUUCACCAGGAACGGGACUCUUCUUUCAGAAUGGUACCUCACUCACUAUAUCUGUGUAUGUUGAUGCCGACUAUGCAGGAUGCCCCUCAGACAGAAAAUCCACUACUGGAUUUUGUGUGUUUAUUGGAUCCAACUUGGUUACAUGGAAGAGUAAGAAGCAAACUGUGGUUGCCAGAUCAAGUGCAGAAUCUGAGUAUAGAGCUAUGGCUCAGGGUACUGCUGAAGUUAUGUGGGUUAGAUCCCUGAUGUUGGAUCUUACUGUCGAAGUGCCUCUUCCUAAGUAGUCAUUCUAGCUACAGGGGCAAAGGUUUCCUCAUAGUCAAUACCAUAUUCUUGAGUGUAACCUUUGGCAACAAGCCUUGCUUUAUACCUUUCUAGGGAUCCAUCACUUUUAGUUUUCACCUUGUAUACCCACUUGCAUCCAAUAGUCUUUUUCCCUAUAUGUAAAUCUUGUAUUUCCCAAGUUUGGGCUUUUCUCAAGGCAUCUAAUUCUUCUAACAUGGCAUUCUUCCACUCAAUAUAUUUGGAUGCUUCAUUAAAAGUAGAAGGUUCAAAGUGAGAGUGAAUGGCAUUAAUUCUAGCUCUAUGAGAUGGAGUAAAAGUUUCAUAAGACACAAAUCUAUUGGGUUGUCUUACAUUUCUAGUGGGAUCUCCUAAGGUUUUCUCUACUUUGAGUUGGUUGGAGAUCAAUGGUCUCAUGAUGUUCUUCUUCACCAACUUUUUGUUGCCGGUUUCUUCUAUGAUAAGUGAUUAUAUCCUUGGCCAUUCUACUAUCAUUACCACCAGUGUUGCUAUCAUCACCAUCAUGCAUUUCAUCAUCACAUUGAGAAAGGAACUUAAAUAAAAAGGAAUAAUCAUUAUUGUGUUGUGACUCUUCAUAAUUUUUAAAACCACUUUCAUCUUCACAAAACCUUACAUUCCUUGAGACAAUGAUCUUGUCUUUAAUUGAAUCAUAACUGAUAAGAUUAGAAAGAAUAAUCUUUGAUUAACCUCGAAAUCUGCCCUAACUCCUCUUUAUAUAGACUAGAGGAGAGAGAGAAGUUACAAGAGAAACAUCUAAAGGAAAAGUUAUUACAAAAGUACCCUCUUAAACCUAAAACUGAAUAUAAACACAUCUUAACACUCCCCCUCAAGUUGGAGCGUAUAUGUCAAAUAGGCUCAACUUGGAACAGCAGCUUUGGAAUGGUCCCCUUGCAAGAGCCUUAGUAAAGAUAUCAGCCGUUUGCCCUGUAGUUGAAAUGUGUGAGGUACUUACAAACCCCUUUUGAAUCAUGUCUUUAGUAUAGUGACAAUCUACUUCAACAUGCUUGGUUCUUUCAUGAAAAGCCGGAUUAUUAGCAUCUGUUAAAAACUGGAAUAUCUAUCAAAUGGAUGUUAAAAAUACCUUUUUAAAUGGAGAUCUUAUGGAAGAGGUUUAUAUGGAAGUACCACUAGGGUUGUCUGUUCCUCAAAGGAAAGUUCUUAGACUUAAGAAGCUCUUUAUGGCCUCAAACAAGCUCCUAAAGCUUGGUUUGACCGUUUUAAUUCUGUAAUUUCUGAUUAUGGGUUUCAUUCUUGCUUAACUGACACUGCCUUGUUUGUUAAGUAUACUACUACAGGUAUCAUAAUUCUUCUACUUGUGGGAUCCUUGAUGUACCUUAGUAUCACUCGGCCUGACAUUGCUCAUGCAGUUCAUUCUGUGAGUCAAUUUCAACAUGCUCCAUCAACCGUUCAUAUGGGAGCCGUUCUUCGUAUCAUCAGAUAUAUUAAGGGAACAAUAAACAAGGGAGUAUUUAUGUCUUCCUCUUCCUCCUUGAACUUGAUUGCAUAUAUUGAUGCUGAUUGAGGAGGAGAUCCUAAUGAUAGACACUCAACUACUGGAUUUUGUGUUUUUCUAGGGGAAUCACUCAUCUCAUGGAAAUGCAAAAAGCAACAAAAAGUCUCACUAUCCUCUACUGAAGCUGAAUAUCGAGCCAUGACUUCUACAACUAUGGAAAUUGUCUGGCUUCACCAAAUGCUCCUUGAUAUGGGAACAAAGAUAGAAGAACCCACUGAUUUAUGCUGCGACAACAAGAGUUCUAUCUACAUUGCCAAGAAUCAAACAUUCCAUGAACGAACAAAGCAUAUAGAAAUGGACUGUCACUAUGUUCGUGAAGAAUUUUUGAAGAAGACUAUCAAGCUUCCAUAUGUCUCCCCCGAGUUCCAGCUGGCUGAUUUCUUCACAAAGCCUCUAUGUUCUCCCAGAUUCAACUUUCUUUUAGAUAAACUUUCGGUGAUAGCACCGUAAGUUUAAGGGGGGGUGUUAAGAAAUAUGAUUUCUUAUUGUUGUUAUCUCUUAAUUAGGUAUUAUCUUAGUUAAGAGUUAGUUUAGGAUUAGUUAGGAAUUAGUUUAGGAUUUAGUUUAUUUAUUUCUUUUCUCUUUAUUUUUUUUUUUUUAUUAUUUCUGCCAAACUAGCCGUUGGCAGUUCCAACAGCUCUAUUAAGAGCUGUUGGAACUAGCCCAACGGCUAGUUCAGCUUAUCUCUUCUUAUUCUCUCUUAUAAAUAUCCUUGUAACAGUCUUUGUAAAUAAUGAGCUGUGUUUUACAGCCUUCACAUUGUUUAUUGAAUGAGUAUUACUCUUCUUCACUUGGCCUUAGUGCCUUUUUG